AUGGAGGAACACAGCGUGGUCCUGGACAAGAGCCAAGGGCUCACAUCCGACGACUUCUCGAUCGAGGACCGCGGACAGGAUGGCAUCUUCAUCAAGGAUGUGCAAAAGGACUCUUUGCGGCAGCACUUGCAAGUCAACGAAGGAGACCAGAUUGUGUCGGCGACCAUUUACUUCAAGGACAUGAAGAGGGAGGACGCCAUGAGGCUCCUGCAGAUGUCAGACAAGUACAAGACGGGCUUGCGGCUGCGCCGAGGGUCUGUGGACGGCCUGCUGGCCGACCCCUACGACACCGACAUCUACACGCCAACCUUGCGGUCCCCAGACUACAGCUUCCAAGGUCCAAACCUGGGCAUGAGUGAAACAACUGACCAGUGCUACAAAAGAAUCUUCAACAAGAAGAUCAAGCCGCGGCUUUCUGCCUCUGCGGAGACUCUGGAUAUCACAACAGACCAGUAUGAGAUGGAGGCUCCGGAAGGAAAUUACUCAACUUCGCUCUAUUUUAAAGGUCCACAGGCACCAAGAAAACGUGGAGAAUUUGACGCAACACUUCCAAGCUUUGGGAGCGCCAGUGUUUCUGGUGAUGCCACAGGAGACCUCAGAGUGAAGCCAAAGGCGACAAGUUAUACACUUGGGCCACAUGAAAUUACAUUCGAAGGGUCAGAGGGUAAAUUCAGAUCACCCAGUGUUGGUAUAUCUGGACCAAAUAUAAAGGGACCCAAUAUUGACAUCAAUAAUCCUCGUAUGAAAAAUGAAGGAGUAUACUCAACAAUUGGAUUGCCGAAAAUGACAUUACCAAAAUUUGGGUUGUCAGGGUCACAAAAGGUUCAGAUGCCACACAUUGAUUUCAAAGCACCAAAGGGAAAUGUAAAUGUUCCUGCACAAAGAAUUGAAGGUCCAGACUUUGAUAUCAAAGGACCAAACGUUGGAUUGGACAUUGAUGCACCGAAUAUUGAUGUUAACGCCCCCGAAGCAAAAUUAAAAAAACCCAAACUAACGAUGCCAAAAUUUAGUUUGUCUGGAUCCAAGGUACAUGGACCAGAUGUUGACGUUGAUCUAAAAUCACCAAAGGGAAAUGUUAAUCUGUCUGCUCCGAAGGUAGGGGGAAAGGUUAGUGGGCCUGACUUGGAUCUUGAUGGCCCUGAAGGAAGUAUUAAAGGGACAAAAUUGAAAAUGCCCAAGUUCAGUUUGUCUGGACCAAAAGUUUCUGGACCAGAUCUUGAUGUAGACCUCAAAAAGCCAAAGGCAAAAGGAGAUAUAAAUAUAUCAGCACCUAACAUUUCAGGAGGCAUCAAAGGACCAAAACUGAAUGCUGAUUUGGAAGCCCCAGACAUUCGAGUAAAAGGCCCCAAAGGCAAGAUGAAUAUGCCAGAAUUAAAUACGCCUUCAUUUGGUAUGUCAAAGCCAAAACUAUCAGGGCCAGAGGGUGAUUUUGAUGUAAAUCUACCAGAUGCUAAUUUAGACAUAUCUUCACCAAACUUUGGAGGGAAAAUAAAAUCACCGAAAGUUGAUCUUAAAGCCCCAAAGAUGGGAUUGGAUGUUGAUGCACCUGACAUUGAUAUUCACAGUCCUGAUGCAACAUUUAAAAAAUCUAAAUUUUCCAUGCCAAAGUUUGGAAUGUCCGGUCCGAAGAUUCAUGGCCCAAACGUAGAUGUUGACCUUAAAGCACCGAAGGGAGAUCUCGAUAUUUCUGCCCCAAAUAUUGGUGGAAAUUUUAGUGGACCUAACAUUGACCUUGAUGGACCAGGAGGGAACAUCAAAGGUCCUCACUUAAAAAUGCCAAAAUUCAAUGUGGCUGGGCCAAAAUUGUCUGGGCCAGAUCUUGAUGCAAACCUUAACAUGCCAAAGCUGAAAGGAGGCCUAGAUAUUUCUGCACCACACAUUCAAGGAGAUCUCAAAGCUCCAAAACUCAAUGCCAAUUUGGAUGCCCCUGACAUUGAUCUUAAAGGACCAAAAGGCAAGUUUAACAUGCCAGAUUUAAAAAUGCCUUCUUUUGGUAUGUCAAAGCCAAAGAUAUCAGGUCCAGAUGGUGAUUUUGAUGUAAAUCUUCCAGAUGCAGAUUUAAACAUUUCAGGACCAAGAUUGGGUGGAGGCAUUAAAGCUCCAAAAUUCAAUGCUGAUUUGGAUGCUCCUGAUGUUGAUCUCAAAGGUCCAAAAGGCAAGUUUAACAUGCCAGAUAUGAAGAUGCCUUCUUUUGGUAUGUCAAAGCCAAAGAUAUCAGGUCCAGAUGGUGAUUUUGAUGUGAAUCUUCCAGAUGCAGAUUUGAAUAUAUCUGGGCCCAAACUGGGGGGAGGUAUCAAAAAACCAAAGGUUGAUCUCAAAGCUCCGAAUAUUGGAUUAGAUGUUGAUGCACCGGAUAUCGACCUUCAUGGUCCUGAUUUAAAGUUGAAAAAGCCAACGUUUUCAAUGCCCAAGAUAUCUGGUCCAAAACUUAAUGCCCCAGAUCUAGAUGUGGACCUUAAAGCACCAAAGGGAGAUUUCGAUAUUUCUGCUCCAAAUAUUGGUGGAAAUUUAAGUGGACCUAACAUUGACCUUGAUGGACCAGGAGGGAGCAUCAAAGGUCCUCACUUCAAAAUGCCUAAAUUCAAUCUGUCUGGUCCAAAAUUGUCUGGGCCAGAUCUUGAUGCAAACCUUAAAAUGCCAAAGAUGAAGGGAGGCCUAGAUAUAUCUGCACCACACAUUGAAGGGGAUUUCAAAGGUCCAAAACUAAAUGCGGAUUUAGAUGCCCCUGACAUUGAUCUCAAAGGUCCCAAAGGCAAGUUUAACAUGCCAGAUUUAAAGAUGCCUUCAUUUGGUAUGUCAAAGCCAAAGAUUUCAGGUCCAGAUGGUGACUUUGAUGUAAAUCUUCCAGAUGCAGAUUUGAAUAUAUCAGGGCCCAAACUUGGGGGAGGUAUCAAAAAACCAAAGGUUGAUCUGAAGGCUCCGAAUAUUGGAUUUGACGUGAAUGCACCAGAUAUCGACCUUCAUGGUCCUGAUUUAAAGUUGAAGAAGCCAACGUUUUCAAUGCCCAAGGUGUCUGGUCCAAAACUUAAUGCCCCAGAUCUGGAUGUGGACCUUAAAGCACCAAAGGGAGAUUUCGAUAUUUCUGCUCCAAAUAUUGGUGGAAAUGUUAGUGGACCCAACAUUGACCUUGAUGGACCAGGAGGAAGCAUCAAAGGACCUCACUUAAAAAUGCCUAAAUUCAAUCUGUCUGGGCCAAAGUUAUCUGGUCCAGACCUUGAUGCAAACCUUAAAAUGCCAAAAAUGAAGGGAGGCCUAGAUAUAUCUGCACCACAUUUGGAAGGAGAUCUCAAGGCGCCAAAAUUCAAUGCCGAUUUGGAUGCUCCUGACAUUGAUCUCAAAGGUCCCAAAGGCAAGUUUAACAUGCCAGAUUUGAAGAUGCCUUCUUUUGGUAUGUCAAAGCCAAAGAUUUCAGGUCCAGAUGGUGAUUUUGAUGUGAAUCUUCCAGAUGCAGAUUUGAAUAUAUCUGGGCCCAAACUGGGGGGAGGUAUCAAAAAACCAAAGGUUGAUCUCAAAGCUCCGAAUAUUGGAUUAGAUGUUGAUGCACCGGAUAUCGACCUUCAUGGUCCUGAUUUAAAGUUGAAGAAGCCAACGUUUUCAAUGCCCAAGAUAUCUGGUCCAAAACUUAAUGCCCCAGAUCUAGAUGUGGACCUUAAAGCACCAAAGGGAGAUUUCGAUAUUUCUGCUCCAAAUAUUGGUGGAAAUUUAAGUGGACCUAACAUUGACCUUGAUGGACCAGGAGGGAGCAUCAAAGGUCCUCACUUCAAAAUGCCUAAAUUCAAUCUGUCUGGUCCAAAAUUGUCUGGGCCAGAUCUUGAUGCAAACCUUAAAAUGCCAAAGAUGAAGGGAGGCCUAGAUAUAUCUGCACCACACAUUGAAGGGGAUUUCAAAGGUCCAAAACUAAAUGCGGAUUUAGAUGCCCCUGACAUUGAUCUCAAAGGUCCCAAAGGCAAGUUUAACAUGCCAGAUUUAAAGAUGCCUUCGUUUGGUAUGUCAAAGCCAAAGAUUUCAGGUCCAGAUGGUGACUUUGAUGUAAAUCUUCCAGAUGCAGAUUUGAAUAUAUCAGGGCCCAAACUGGGGGGAGGUAUCAAAAAACCAAAGGUUGAUCUGAAGGCUCCGAAUAUUGGAUUUGACGUGAAUGCACCAGAUAUCGACCUUCAUGGUCCUGAUUUAAAGUUGAAGAAGCCAACGUUUUCAAUGCCCAAGAUAUCUGGUCCAAAACUUAAUGCCCCAGAUCUGGAUGUGGACCUUAAAGCACCAAAGGGAGAUUUCAAUAUUUCUGCUCCAAAUAUUGAUGGAAAAUUUAGUGCACCUAACAUUGACCUUGAUGGACCAGGAGGGAGCAUCAAAGGUCCUCACUUAAAAAUGCCUAAAUUCAAUGUCUCUGGGCCAAAGUUAUCUGGCCCAGACCUUGAUGCAAACCUUAAAAUGCCAAAGAUGAAAGGAGGCCUAGAUAUAUCUGCACCACACUUUGAAGGAGAUCUCAAGGCUCCAAAACUAAAUGCGGAUUUAGAUGCCCCUGACAUUGAUCUCAAAGGUCCAAAAGGCAAGUUUAACAUGCCAGAUUUGAAGAUGCCUUCUUUUGGUAUGUCAAAGCCAAAGAUUUCAGGUCCAGAUGGUGACUUUGAUGUGAAUCUUCCAGACGCAGAUUUAAAUAUAUCUGGGCCCAAACUGGGGGGAGGUAUCAAAACACCAAAGAUUGAUCUCAAGGCUCCAAAUAUUGAUCUUGAAGGUCCAGAUAUAAAUUUAAAGAAACCCAAGUUUUCAAUGCCCAAGAUCUCUGGUCCCAAACUGCAUGCUCCAAAUCUUGACUUUGACCUCAAAGCGCCUCAAGGAGAUAUUGAUAUUUCUGCUCCAAAUCUAGGUGGAAAAAUUAGUGGACCUAACAUUGACCUUGAUGCACCAGGAGGGAACAUCAAAGGACCUCACUUAAAAAUGCCUAAAUUCAAUCUGUCUGGGCCAAAGUUAUCUGGCCCAGACCUUGAUGCAAACCUUAAAAUGCCAAAAAUGAAAGGAGGUCUAGAUAUAUCUGCACCACAUUUUGAAGGAGAUCUCAAGGCUCCAAAACUCAAUGCCGAUUUGGAUGCUCCUGACAUUGAUCUCAAAGGUCCAAAAGGCAAGUUUAACAUGCCAGAUUUGAAGAUGCCUUCUUUCGGUAUGUCAAAGCCAAAGAUAUCAGGUCCAGAUGGUGACUUUGAUGUGAAUCUUCCAGAUGCAGAUUUAAACAUUUCAGGACCAAAAUUGGGUGGAGGCAUUAAAGCUCCAAAAUUCAAUGCCGAUUUAGAUGCCCCUGACAUUGAUCUCAAAGGUCCAAAAGGCAAGUUUAACAUGCCAGAUUUGAAGAUGCCUUCUUUCGGUAUGUCAAAGCCAAAGAUAUCAGGUCCAGAUGGUGACUUUGAUGUGAAUCUUCCAGAUGCAGAUUUAAACAUUUCAGGACCAAAAUUGGGUGGAGGCAUUAAAGCUCCAAAAUUCAAUGCCGAUUUAGAUGCCCCUGACAUUGAUCUCAAAGGUCCAAAAGGCAAGUUUAACAUGCCAGAUUUGAAGAUGCCUUCUUUUGGUAUGUCAAAGCCAAAGAUUUCAGGUCCAGAUGGUGACUUUGAUGUGAAUCUUCCAGAUGCAGAUUUGAAUAUAUCUGGGCCCAAACUGGGGGGAGGUAUCAAAACACCAAAGGUUGAUCUCAAGGCUCCGAAAAUUGAUCUUGAAGGUCCAGAUAUAAAUUUAAAGAAACCCAAGUUUUCAAUGCCCAAGAUCUCUGGUCCCAAACUGCAUGCCCCAAAUCUUGACGUUGACCUCAAAGCGCCUACAGGAGAUAUUGACAUUUCUGCUCCAAACAUAGGUGGAAAAAUUAGUGGACCUAACAUUGACCUUGAUGCACCAGGAGGGAACAUCAAAGGACCUCACUUAAAAAUGCCUAAAUUCAAUAUGUCAGGACCAAAAUUAUCUGGCCCAAAUCUUGAUGUGGAUCUUAAAAUGCCAAAGAUGAAAGGGGGCCUAGAUAUGUCUGCACCACGUAUUGAAGGAGAUCUCAAAGCACCAAAAUUAAAUGCUGAUUUGAAUGCUCCAGAUAUUGAUAUAAAAGGUCCUAAAGGCAAGUUUCAUAUGCCUUCUUUUGGUAUAUCAAAGCCAAAAAUUUCAGGUCCAGAUGGUGAUUUUGAUGUAAAUCUUCCAGAUGCAGAUUUAAACAUUUCAGGACCAAAAUUGGGUGGAGGCAUUAAAGCUCCAAAAUUCAAUGCCGAUUUGGAUGCUCCUGACAUUGAUCUCAAAGGUCCAAAAGGCAAGUUUAACAUGCCAGAUGUGAAGAUGCCUUCUUUUGGUAUGUCAAAGCCAAAGAUUUCAGGUCCAGAUGGUGACUUUGAUGUGAAUCUUCCAGACGCAGAUUUAAAUAUAUCUGGGCCCAAACUGGGGGGAGGUAUCAAAACACCAAAGAUUGAUCUCAAGGCUCCCAAUAUUGAUCUUGAAGGUCCAGAUAUAAAUUUAAAGAAACCAAAGUUUUCAAUGCCCAAGAUCUCUGGUCCCAAACUGCAUGCCCCAAAUCUUGACGUUGACCUCAAAGCACCUAAAGGAGAUAUUGACAUUUCUGCUCCAAACAUAGGUGGAAAAAUUAGUGGACCUAACAUUGACCUUGAUGCACCAGGAGGAAACAUCAAAGGACCUCACUUAAAAAUGCCUAAAUUCAAUAUGUCUGGGCCAAAAUUAUCUGGGCCAGAUAUAGAUCUUAAAAUGCCAAAGAUGAAAGGAGGGCUAGAUCUUUCUGCACCACAUAUUGAUGCGAACCUCAAAGCACCAAAACUAAAUGCUGAUUUGGAAGCUCCAGAUAUUGAUGUCAAAGGUCCAAAGGGCAAGUUUCACAUGCCUUCUUUUGGUAUAUCAAAGCCAAAGAUAUCAGGGCCAGAUGGUGAUUUUGAUGUUAAUCUACCACACGCUGAUUUUAACCUAUCUGGUCCAAAGAUAGGAGGAGGAAUUGACAUGCCAAAAGUGGACCUUAAAGGACCAAAUGUUGGAAUAAAACAACCAAAAGUCAACAUUGAUAGUCCUAACCUGUCAUUAGAAGGGCCUGAUAUUAAAACUAAGUCACCAAAAUUCAAAUUGCCAAAGUUUGGUACUGCUGGUAAGAAAAUAUCUGUUCCAGAUCUUAAUGUUGAUCUGAACACACCUAAUAUUAAAGGAGCAGCAAGUAUUCCUGAUGUGAACAUUGAAGGGGGUUUGAAGACACCUAAAACUCCUGCACUUGAUAUUAAUAUGGAGUCUCCAAACAUCGAUAUUACUGGUCCUGGCGGAACAUUGAAAAAAUCAAAAUUUAAGUUUCCCAAAGUUGGUUUCUCAGGAUCAAGAGCAAAACUUCCCACAGCAGACUUGGACAUACCUAAUCCUAAUUUGGAUAUGAAAAUGCCUAAUAUGAAAGGAAAUAUUGACCUGAAGUCUCCGAAUGUUGAUUUUAAGGCCCCAGACAUUGGAUUGGAUGCCAGUGCACCAGACUUUGACAUUCAAGGUCCAGAUCUAAAAUUAAAAAAACCUAAAAUGUCCAUGCCAAAGUUUGGAAUCUCUGGACCAAAGCUUCAUGGCCCAGAUGUUGAUGUGGACCUGAAAACACCAAAAGGAAAUUUCGAUGUUUCAACUCCAAAAAUUGGCGGAAAACUUAGUGGACCUAACCUUGACUUUGAUGGACCAGAAGGAGGUAUUAAAGGACCUAACAUUAAAAUGCCAACAUUCAAUAUGUCUGGGCCAAAAUUAUCUGGACCAGAUCUUGAUGCAAAUCUGAAAAUGCCAAAGGGGAAAGGUGGCCUAGAUAUAUCUGGACCGCACUUUGAAGGAGACCUCAAAGCACCAAAGGUCAAUGCCAAUUUCGAUGCCCCUGAUGUUGAUCUCAAAGGUCCAAAAGGCAAGUUUCACAUGCCUUCUUUCGGUAUUUCAAAGCCAAAGAUAUCAGGCCCAGAUGGUGAUUUUGAUGUGGAUCUUCCCGAUGCAGAUUUAAACAUUUCUGGCCCAAAACUGGGAGGAGGCAUGAAAGCACCAAAGGUCAAUGCCAAUUUGGAUGCUCCUGAUGUUGAUCUCAAAGGUCCAAAAGGCAAGUUUCACAUGCCUUCUUUCGGUAUUUCAAAGCCAAAGAUAUCAGGCCCAGAUGGUGAUUUUGAUGUGGAUCUUCCCGAUGCAGAUUUAAACAUUUCUGGCCCAAAACUGGGAGGAGGCAUGAAAGCACCAAAGGUCAAUGCCAAUUUCGAUGCCCCUGAUGUUGAUCUCAAAGGACCAAAAGGCAAGUUUCACAUGCCUUCUUUUGGUAUGUCAAAGCCAAAGAUAUCAGGCCCAGAUGGUGAUUUUGAUGUGGAUCUUCCCGAUGCAGAUUUAAACAUUUCUGGCCCAAAACUGGGAGGAGGCAUGAAAGCACCAAAGGUCAAUGCCAAUUUCGAUGCCCCUGAUGUUGAUCUCAAAGGACCAAAAGGCAAGUUUCACAUGCCUUCUUUCGGUAUUUCAAAGCCAAAGAUAUCAGGCCCAGAUGGUGAUUUUGAUGUGGAUCUUCCCGAUGCAGAUUUAAACAUUUCUGGCCCAAAACUGGGAGGAGGCAUGAAAGCACCAAAGGUCAAUGCCAAUUUCGAUGCCCCUGAUGUUGAUCUCAAAGGACCAAAAGGCAAGUUUCACAUGCCUUCUUUCGGUAUUUCAAAGCCAAAGAUAUCAGGCCCAGAUGGUGAUUUUGAUGUGGAUCUUCCCGAUGCAGAUUUAAACAUUUCUGGCCCAAAACUGGGAGGAGGCAUGAAAGCACCAAAGGUCAAUGCCAAUUUCGAUGCCCCUGAUGUUGAUCUCAAAGGACCAAAAGGCAAGUUUCACAUGCCUUCUUUUGGUAUGUCAAAGCCAAAGAUAUCAGGCCCAGAUGGUGAUUUUGAUGUGGAUCUUCCCGAUGCAGAUUUAAACAUUUCUGGCCCAAAACUGGGAGGAGGCAUGAAAGCACCAAAGGUCAAUGCCAAUUUCGAUGCCCCUGAUGUUGAUCUCAAAGGACCAAAAGGCAAGUUUCACAUGCCUUCUUUUGGUAUGUCAAAGCCAAAGAUAUCAGGCCCAGAUGGUGAUUUUGAUGUGGAUCUUCCCGAUGCAGAUUUAAAUAUAUCGGGGCCAAAACUGGGAGGAGGCAUGAAAGCUCCAAAAGUCAAUGCCAAUUUGGAUGCCCCUGACGUUCAUCUUAAAGGUCCAAAUAUUGGUGGUAAUAUUAGUGGACCUAAUAUUGACUUUGAUGGACCAGGAGGGAAGAUGAAAGUACCUCAUUUAAAGAUGCCCAAAUUUAACGUGUCUUUACCGAAAGCAUCUGGACCAGAUUUUGAUGCUGAUUUUGAUGCUGAAUCCCCAAACGUUAAUCUCAAAGGUCCAAAAGUUAAGACUAACAUGCCAAACUUAAAGACGCCUUCUUUUGAUGCAGAUGUGAAUGUACCAAAUAUGGGAGGACGUUUGAAUUAUUCCGGACCAAAUAUGGAAGGUGAUUUGCAUGCACCAGAUAUUAAUUUCAGAGCACCAAAAGGAAGUAUUGACCUUGAUACUGACCUCGAUGUUAAAGGACCAAAGGGUCACUUUAAGGGCCCCGACAUGAAAACACCUAACUUUGGUUUUUCUGGACCUAAAAUCAGAACUCCUGAAGCAAAUAUUGAUCUAGAUGUUUCUUCUCCACGAGUAAAGGGAAAUUACUCUUCCCCAGGUGUGAAUAUUAGAGGGCCAAAAGUUAAUACAGAUCUUGGGGAAUUAGAUAGUGACUUGUCUUUGAAAUCACCAAACGUCCAAUCAGGAUUUUCAUCAAAAGGCUCUUAUACUCUUGGGGGACAUGGUGCUGAAAUUCAUGGUGAUCCAAAAUUACAUGGACGUUCUGGCACUCUUGACUUUCAUGUGCAAGAUGAUGAAGCAGACCUUGCUGGCAAGAAGAGUAAGUCUAAGUUCAAACUCCCAGGGUUUUCUCUGGGUCCCUCAAAGAAGAAAGGGUUCGCAAACAUUUCUGGGGAUGCUGACGCAUCUGGCAAUCUCAAACUCAGCUCCCCUGAUUUGCGAAUGUCCUCUGGCUCACAAGAGGAUCUGGACACGGGAACUGGAAUUAAGAUCGGACUACCAAAAAUUGGCUUUUCAUAACUUUGAAGGCGCAAUACUGAAUACUGUAAAUAAAAGCAAAUACUUGGAUUGGUCAUCCUUCUUUGAUAUCUUUUUCAUACACUUUUUUUUAUACAGUAGUUUUCACAUGCCAUUUGGAAUUAUCAUGCCUGACGCACCUGAUCUGUUAAAUUGUUUUGUCACCAGUCAAGGCCCACACCAAAUGAAUAGUCGAUUAAUUUAUCUGACAUGUGUUCAAGAAAUAAAGUAAGUUAACAUAUUUGAAGGUGAAAAUAUUUAAGAUUUCCUGUUUCAUAAUGCUCGUAACUAAUUGUUAACCAUUUUUGUAUUUUAUUUUAACAUUAAUGAGCUUCCGCAUCUUCUGUAUUCAAGCUUUUGUGAGAAUCAAAUGUGUCAUUUAGCACGUGAUGUUAGACCCCCUCAACAUUGCCAAUUUGUCAGAUAACAAUUGAGGUUGAUGGAUUUUAUUUCAAAAGCACAUGCAAUAACUGCAAUUAAAAGAAAAAAGUAACAAAGCAAAGAAAUUUGUAAUAUAUGUAGACCCCAAAAUAGUGAUCAAAACCGUCUCUUGGUGUAAGUGUCCUAUGGACCUAUCACACAUCUACAGAAACAUCCAAUGUACUAUCCGUAACCAUAUUUUGUAACGAAGUAAAAUACAUAUAAUAACGUAUACUUGUGUGACCACCACUGUGGUAGAGUUGUAUAUAUAAAUUGCUAUUUUAUUUUGGUGUACUAAUCCAUGAUUAUACACAUCACAGUUAUAAUGUGUAUAUGACAAAGUUACGUUUGACGCAAUACUGUACGGUAACCAUCGCAUAUCUGACUCGCUCGGGCCUAAGGUACAGGUGGAUAAUGUCAAAAAGUCAGAUAUGUAAACAUCUAUAGAAAAUUACAUCUACAUCACCAUGCACAAAAGACUGCGACUGAGUGGGUGCAGUGAAUAUGUAGGGUCGUAAAUGUGACAGUCGGACAUGGGACGUAAUGUACUUGUUUAUUUGAACAAACAUCCAACCCUCCCCCCUUUGCAGCCCAUGUGCUUUGGAAAAACACAACCAUCUUGCGACUAUCUAAACUGCAUUAUUAUUUAAAAACAAAUUAGCUGCUUAGCACUCAAAGGCUGGUUACAAGUGAAAAUGUAAUGCAUGUUAGAAUACAUUCUUUAUUUUUGGUACUGUUGAUGAGAUUUACCGUUUCAUAUGUUUGUAUAUAAAGCUAAGGCAGCAGUUUUCACGUUUAUUUUAAUCAUUAGGCACUGUGUGUGGUCACUGAAACUUGAGAUUUUACACCUGUUGAAACACUUGUCAGAAAUAUAUUUUUUAAAACCCAAGCAGAAUUUCUCCACUUCCAUACUGAUCUAGCUGUAUCAAAAAUGAUUUUUUACAAAUCUGGUGUACUUUAAUGGUUCGAUAUUCAGGUGCAGAAAUUGACAUGAUCAUAUUGUGUGGAUAUUGGGAGUGUAAAUGUUAAAGCAAAUGUACUGUAUCAGCAAUGGUGCACAACAUUUGUGCAUAUUUAUACAUCAGAAAAGUGCAUUUUUAGGCUUGCAAAAACUACCACUUUACCUGCAUUUAUUAACCUGGAAUACACGAGUUACAAUUCAAUUUAUUGAAAUGUUCCAUUUUCAUGAACAUACACAAAUGCCAUACAAAUAUAGGAUAAUAGCCAUGGAAUUAACGCAAUAUCACUUCAAUCGUGGACCUCCCUUCUGGAUCUGUCGUCAAUAAGGUGCCUUCAUUUUGAUUGCACUGCGUGGUGGUGUUUAAUGUUUGUACUACGUUCUCUCAAAAUAACCAUUUCUGUAUUGGUACAACGAGAGUACUGUCCCAAUAAACACGAAACACUGGGCCAACGUUGGAUUGUGGUUGAAACCGUCGUUCCAAUGUUGCUCCAACGUCGCCCCAACGUCUCUCCAACGUUCAAAGUUCCAUGUUUAUUGGGUACUAUAUUGCAGAGUAUCACUGAAGUGGACAUACAAUUAACCAUAUUUUAGUUGCUUUGCAUAAAG